AUGCAAGCCAGAAAAGAGCGAGAAAAACUUGCUGCGCGCCUAGUGAUUUUUGCCACGUGUUUUUUGGGGAUUUAUUCGGGCAGCAAAUUCGGUCUGCAAGCAGGGGAUAUAGGCGUCAGCGCGGAGGAGCUUGCGCUCUACGAAAGUGCGAAAAAAGUGACAAUUUUCCCGCGGAUGUUCCAGGCUGAAACCACGCCAAGGCUCUGGGAAAUGUUCACGGACAUAAUAUGCUUUGCAGAGGAAAGCGACCAAAAGGCAGUGAUUGACUCCACGUGCCUCACAAGCAUGGACUCUCUUCUGAAGGCGCACGAAGAGGCCCGGAAAAGCGCAAAGUCCCAUGACAUGUGCGAUCUAAAGAAAAAAAUCAAGAAAUUCUACAAGAAACACUUUAGGCAGGCUCCAAAAGAGCGCCACCAAACCGCAGAAGAGAAGCACGAAAGCAAGUGCUCGGGAGGCACAUAUUGCACUAUGGUGCAGGGCCUUUCCAGAAUGUGGGGGCUCUAUGUGAAGAAAACCCCCCAAAGCACGCCGAACCGCCUCGAAAGCUCGAUGGAAAUGCGCAAGAAGAUAGUUGUGCCCGGUGGAAGGUUCCAGGAGGCGUACUACUGGGACUUUUUCUGGAUGGCAAAGGGCCUCCACAUUUCCCAGAACGUGGCGCCUGUGAAGGACACGAUAAGCAACUUUAUAGACCAAAUAGACGCGUUCGGGUUUAUCCCAAAUGGGACGCGGUGGUACUACACGAACAGGUCGCAGCCGCCGUAUUUCAUCCAAAUGCUGGCGGACUCGAUGGAGUCGAUCCUGGCCCUUAGAGAGAGCGUGCGGGAGCAGAUGGCAGCCCUGCAAAGUGAAGCCGAAGAGGCGGAAAAUGCGCCCUCUCUCGUUUUGCGUGCAGAUAAAAGCCCUCCCGCGAUACCUUCAGCCAACCCGAAGCCCUCAGCCGCGGGAAAGCGCCUGGAGCAGCCCCUUCUCCAAGAGCACGUAAUGCAGGAGGCGUGGCACGAAGGCGCAGUCCUUUCCGAGAGGGAAUUGGCCGCAGCCGAGCAAGAAUUCGCAUUUUGGGACACAAAAAGGACCGUUUCCGUGAUGGGCCCUGACAAUCGCGUGCACAGGCUCUCCAAAUACAGCACGGAGAACCCAGUCCCGCGCCCAGAAAUGCUUCUGGCAGAUUUGAAGGACCAUUCCAGAUACGAGUCUCUAAACCCAGGGGCCAGCGAGUCCGCGUACUACUACCACAUAACAGCAGGCACAGAGUCGGGCUGGGACUUUUCAACGCGCUGGCGCAAGUUCUACCCCGAGCACAAAAUGUACGGAUUUUUACAGACAAACAAUAUUCUCCCCGUGGACUUAAACAGCAUUUUAGUAAAAAAUGCACGCAUUCUCAUGCAGUACUAUAGGAGGGCUGGAGACGCUGAGAAGGCAGAAAAGUACGAAAGAUCUUCCCGAGAGAGGUCUGAGGCAAUAGACAGCAUUCUUUGGGACAGUGCCAGUUUCCGGUGGAGAGACGUUGUGCUCUCGCCCGGCGCGGAUUCUUCGACUUAUGUUUACGCGCAGAAGCUGGACUCUGCGUUCUACCACAGCGACCUACACCCUCUGUACAUGGACAUUGCCAGCGACCCGAACAAUGAAGUUCUCCGCAGAAAUUCCCACUUGAUGUGGCUUUCCAACGAGAAAGACCUUUUCCCGUGCACGAGCAGCAACCUCCACAGGGCGCACCUUCUGCCUGCAGAGGCUGGAGUGCCCUCUGAAAUAUGCGCUGAGAAUGCGAAGAAAGACCAGUGGGACGGGUACAACAUAUGGCCUCCCCUCGUGCAAAUGACGGUUGAGUACCUGAUUCGUUCGAAAAACAUCAGGCUCGCGCACAGGGUCUCUGCGAGCUACAUGCAGCACAUGGAAAAGAGCUUCCGGCGCCACGGGAGUCUCCCAGAAAAGAUAGAGUAUGCAGAGAAGGGAACAGGCGAGUACUCUGUGCAGGAGGGCUUUGGUUGGAGCAACGGCGUGGCCCAGUGGAUCCACUGCGUGUUUGGGGGCUUCCUGGAGGUCCCAGUUCUCGCAGGAGAGGCUUCAAAGUCUCCAGAAUAA